CCGCCCCCCCGGGACGCACCAGGAGCAGCAGUCAGGACUGAGCCGGUAUGAGAGACAAACGCUCCUACUGCAGCUCCUCAAACUUUCUGACGGAUCCCCCUCUUUUGUUCCGGUCUCAGGUCUCUGGUCUCUGAUCUCUGGUCCGGCUCGGCUCGCUUUAGCUUGGAUCGGUGUGCAGAAGGUGUGGUAGGGUCGGGACGCGCAGAAAGUUUGAGUCCGGGAGCAGAGAAGAGUGGUCGGGUAGCGCGGGAGCAGACCCGAUCCUCCUGACGGCGAGUUUGAACCUGCAGACCGCCGAUACAGUGGGACGGUCCGGCUUCUGUCUGGAUUGCAUCUCGGGAGUUAAGUCCGCCGCAGGUCCACUCCGGGUCCUGGUUUGGGUCUGUGAGUUUCUAAAAGUCUGAAGGAGUAACAUAAAGGACGCAAAGAGGACCUGAGUCUUGAGCGAGACCUCCCGGAGUCUAAGCAGGCGGAUCCGGACUCCGACAGACUCUGUUGGACUCUUUGGUUAAUUUUUACGCAGGGAGUAGGACGCACGUGGAUGGACUGACUCCUGGUGUGCACGCGCUCCCGCUGUGGUUCCGAUCCGGUUCUCACUGACUGGAAAAUGAAACUUUGGGAGUUCUGGUUCUCCUGGAUGCGGAUCAGGACGAGCGAGCCGGUUUCGAAGGACGGGCCGUGAACACAUGAAGACCCGGUUCAGGAUUAUGGUCGCAGUCCCUGCAGGGAAUUCAUCAUCUGAAGGUGCAGCGGGAGAAUGCAGCAGAUAAUCGAUGAUUAUUGGUGAUCGAUAAUCGGAUCAGAAGUGACUGUCUCUGUAUUUCAUGCUGCACACUGCGCGAGGCUCUCCUCUUCCCCCGGAGCCCCUCUCUCUUACAUGACUCUCGGUUCCGGUUCUGGUUCUGGUCUCGCGCUCUGAUCGCCACAGAAGACUCGCGGAUGUUCGGCGGGUCGUCGCGCGUCGCGCUGCCUCACAUGGAGCGCCUCGGGUGGCCGCUGCUGCUGCUGCUCGGCCUCCUGCUCAGGGUCUGCUCCUCCGUCACCGACGACCGCCUCAUCUCAGACCGGUACGCGGUUUACUGGAACAGCUCCAACCCCAGGUUCUUUCGUGGCGAGUACACGGUGGAGGUAGCGAUCAACGACUACCUGGACAUCUACUGCCCACACUACGAGGUGGAAGAGCCGUCGGAGCGUAUGGAGCAAUACAUCCUGUACAUGGUGAACUACGACGGGUACACCACCUGCGACCACCACAGGAAGGGCUUCAAACGCUGGGAGUGUAACCGCCCGCUCAGCCCUAACGGACCGCUCAAGUUCUCUGAGAAGUUCCAGCUGUUCACGCCAUUCAGCCUGGGCUUCGAGUUUAGGCCAGGACACGAGUACUACUACAUCUCAUCUCCACAUCCAAACCUGGCUGGGAAACCAUGUCUGAAACUGAAAAUCUACGUCAAACCAACCAAUGACUCAGUAUAUGAGUCUCCAGAGCCCUUCCUGACAGACGACACCACCGGUGGCUGCGGCCUCGCUCUGCCCCGCCUCCCGCUGCUGUCGGCCAUGAUGCUAGCCCUCCUCCUCAUGCUUCUACUGGCCUCCUCAUAGCACCUCCUCCUCCUCCUCCUCCUCCUCCUCCUCCUCCUCUUUCUCCUUCUACUUAUUCCUUUCGCUCUGAAAAGAAACAACCAACCCAAGGCAGAAAUCACGUCCAGCUCCCUCUCACUGACCUCUGACCUCCAUCUGAACACCACUACGCAGCUCAGCCAAUCAGAGGAGGCAGUGCAGAGAGGUGGGAGGAGCCUGCAGCUGUUUUGGAGUAUCCUUAGUGCUGUGAUGGAGACAGGUGGAGGCUCGAUUGAGUCCAGUGUUUAGUUUAUUUUUCAACGCUUUGAGCUACAUUCGCCAAUCAGAGGUUGGAUACCUGCUUUGACAGUGAUGCAUCACGAUUAAACUUCUUACCUGUAAUCACCUGAGUCUGAGCAUCAAUACAUCUUAUUAUGAAACAAUCAGACUUAAAGGACCACAGCAGAGAUUUCACACGCCUAUCAAACAUCUGGAAAGAGUCAAACAUUCAUUCAGAGAAAGAACCAACAUCAUUCCACACAGUUCAUAACCAGAUCCUGGUAUCAGGAUGAGGAUCUGGACUGCUGGUCUUUCUUUUAAAGAAUGCAAAUCAAGAUUAUUGAUCAAGAUCUUCAGGUAACACUUUGAUUAAGAUGUUGAUGUGUUAUCUUGAUAAAGGUUUCAAAACAAGAUCUUGGUUAGAAUCUUGAGCACAUUUAUUUUGUGUAUAGAACAUUAAGAUCUUGAUCGUUUAUCAGGAACACAAUCUUUUCAUUGUCCAGGCAUACGCAGGAUCAGGCUAUGGUGAUGAUCUUGAGCAUACAGAUUGUUAUCUUGUUUCUUGGCGAUAUUUGGAUGUUUUUUCUGGUUUAUCCAAAGUCUACAGAAACUAAAAACAAGAUACUUUGUGAUUUAAAGUUUAAUCUGGCGUGUUUUUGUUUUUUUUAGUCAGGGGAGUGUCUACAUUAUCUCUGUCAGAGUUUCACUUUGAUGUGAGAUGAUCCAGGUCAGACUUUAAACUCUGUAAAGUUUGUUGAAGCAGAGUCUUGUUGGUUUUAAUCUUGAUAUGAUGAAGCAGGUGGAGUGUAGAUUAUAAAGUCUCUGAAUGAAUAAAACACCUUCUGCUUCGGUUAAUUCACCUGAUUGAAUAACUUUAUUCAUAAAGAUUUAUUAAAUUGAGAAUCCUUUAGGACUGAAGACGUUCACAUAACGCAGAGCUGAGCAGUGAAAACACUGAGGUGGUCCUUUAAUAUAUGAUCUGUCAUAGAUAUGGUGCUAAAUUAGUGUAGUGAUGAUAUAAUAAUAUCUGAUGAAUAAACCAGAGAGCAUCAGACAUGAACAUCACAUGACUGUGACCACAGAGAGUCAGAGGCUCAGACAGACGUACAGAGACGGGUCUGAACCAUCAGGAGGAGGAGACAUGGCGGUCACUGGAGUGCAGCCUACGUCUGCGACUCAGACUCAUCUCACAGAAACACAGACUGACCCUUCAGGAUAAGGAUGGCGAUCUUUGCUCUUUUGCUCUCUUGGUGGGACUGGUUCAAAGGCUCUCUGUUUGUCCUGGAGAUGUGAAAUUAAUCUCUGAAGAGGUUUCCACAGAAAUCAGCCUCAGCUGUCUCACACAUCAGAAACCUUCAACCUUCAUGAUGUGUGCUUCUGAAACUAACUGUCAGCAGAGUUAUAAAGCAAUAGUAUGAACAUUUAAAAAGUACAUGCUCUUUAACUAUUUAAUUAUUAAUAACAUGUUUAAUAUCUUUGUCUGGAAAGUUAAAACUCUGAAGUGUCCACAGUCUGAAUUGAGUCUCUGAACACAGAGAUCCAGCAGAAAACAAUCCACCAGAGAUUAAACAAGAUCUGCAAACAACACAGAGGCCUGAUAAAAUACAUGUAUUAUUGAUACUCUGUAGGGAGCUCCAUGUUCAAGUCGCUGAGUUUUUUAAACUUCAGAGUAAAACGAUCCCCCACAGAGGAAGUCUACAGACAGAACUCUCACAGAGACAGACAGCUGGGCAUUAAUCCAUCACGCCAUUUGCUUUAAGAUAUUUUAAUAACUCAAUGCUGGUAUGUUCAGAAGUUGACACCUGACCGUAGCUUCAGUUGAUCUAAAGGUUUAGCUUACACAGCUAUACAGACACACCAGGCAAACUAGAGUGGCUUCACAAGCUGAUGAUAAAUUCAUCUUCACAAAGCUACAGGCUAGUAGCUAAUAUUUACAGACUGACUCAGAGAAACACUCAGACUGCAGCAGUUACGUUCUGCAUGUUUGUAAGUUAGAACAGAAAUAUCACAUUGAGUUUGAAACUUUAUAAAUUAAACCACAAAUAAAGAAAAGGUUGGAGAGUCAGUGGGGGGUUCAAACGCUGAUGUGCUAUCGGAUGUUGAGGCUCAUUUCUGUGCCUGAACUCUUCAAUCAUCUUCAGUCCAUAUAUAAAAUAACACUCCUUCAAGAGGACUCUCUCUCCCUCUCUCCCUCUAUCUAUCUCUCCCUGUCUCUCUCUCACCCUGUGUCUCUCGCCCACUUCCUGCAGCAGACAGCCUUGUUUCAUUUCUGUAAAUCUGCCAAAGACUUGUUAAACUUUUCUACAGGGGAGGGCAAGUCAAACAGCAGCUACAGGGGUACUUGUGGCCCCGCCCCCUCUGCCACAGGAGGUGGGGUCAUUUUAGAGGGGAGGGGUUAUGUUUUUUUCAAAGUAAUGUUUUUUUGUGGUGUGAAUAAAAUCGAAUGUUACGCGCAAAACUAAAAUGAACCAAUCAAAAAUGGCCUUUUUCCCACUGGUGCUGAAUUUUUGAGACUGACAGACAUUGUACACCAUGCAGUCAAGUUUUAUUUCUCUUCAUCUCUUCAUAUCCCUCCAUCUUCACCGAUGGACGGGGGGUGUGUCCUUGUGUGUGGACGAGCAGGGGCAUGCUGGGAAAUGCAGUAUACUAAUAACGAACGCACUGUGAUGGAGGACGAACGGUGGACAUAGCACUUGGACUCCUGUGGAGGACGAUGGAAACAAAGUGACCUCGUCAGAACAGAAACAGUGAACAUUCUUGAAGAAGAAAAUAUUUUAUUUUGUGUUUUUGAAGUUUGAGAAAAGCAGGAGAAAAUUCAUAUCAGAUAUGAAUUAAUCAGCAGUGAUGUGAAGGAUCAGUCAGCUGUUUGUUGUUGUUGAUGUUGUUGUUGUUUUCUCCUUUUUUUGUUCCUGCUUGCAUCACAAUGCAUUCUGGUCCUUGUAGUUCGGUGCUUCCUGGUUUGUCGUUAAUAAAGUUAAGGUGGGUUUUCCGGAUCAUAAUCAUUUUCAUGAUUUUCGUGUGGAUGGAAUCUGUUUUUUGUGGAGUAGGAAAUGUUACCUGAGGAAAGAAAAACUACAGAAAAAGUUUCAGUGGUUGUUUUUUGAGCGGGGGUGAGACCUUUCUGCUCUCUCUGGUUUACAGCGUCUCUGAGCUCAAUCAUAAUGAAAAAGAAAUCGUUUUUGUACAUCCAAAUGUCUGCUUAUUCUCUGAAAGAAUAAAAACCUGUUUUGUAUA